AUGUCACAAACACCUAUAAACCCAGAAGUACUCAACAGGCCAUUGGUAUGUUGUGGGCCAUCCGGUACGGGUAAAUCCACUUUACUCAACAAAUUAUUCUCGGACUACCCAGGUCAAUUCGGAUUCUCCGUAUCGCACACUACCCGAAAUCCCAGAGCAGGCGAGGAGAAUGGUAGGGAAUACCAUUUCGUGAGUAGGGAAGAGUUCAUGAGGAGGGUUGAAAAUGGAGAGUUCCUGGAAUGGGCCGAGUUCGGUGGGAACUGCUACGGUACAACCUUCGCUGCCUUGACCGCUCUUCAUCCCAAACGAUGCAUUCUCGAUAUCGAACUCCAGGGUGUCCUCCAGUUGCGCGCCAAAGCCUCUCAACAGACCCCUCCUCUCAAUCCCGUAUACCUCUUCUUGGCUCCCCCAACCAUCGCAGAACUCAAAAAGCGUUUAUCCGGAAGGGGUACUGAGACAGAUUCAUCAAUAAGGAAAAGGUUAGACGCAGCUAAGAAAGAAAUUGAGUAUGCCCAACAAGGUAAACACGAUAUUUACAUUGUCAAUACGGAUUUGAAAGUUGCAGGUGACAAGUUGGAAAAGGUAGCAAUGGGUUUUGAAGGUUGGGAAGGAUGUGGGGAUAAAUUACCUGAUUUCGAUGUUAAAGAAUUGGAGUAG